AUGUCUGCCCUUCUCCGAAAAUUACAACAACAAAAGGCCGAUGAAAAGCCAGUUGAGAAAAAGGCUCACGUUCAUCGCCCAAUGAUUGUUGGUAACAAGGGAAUGAUCCAUGCAACUGCAGAAAUUCUUGAUGAUGUUCGCAAAUGUAUCCCACAUGCUAAAAAAGACGUUAAAAUUACUCAAGAAGACUUCAAGGAAAUGAAAGAAAUCGCAUCAGAUAUGCAUUGCGAUACAGUUGCUCUAUUUGAAACAAAGCAUCAUCUCGAACCAUACUUAUGGCUUGCUGAUGCAGCUAAUGGUCCAACAAUAUGCUUCUUCAUGGAGGAGGGAAAGUCAAUUUACGAUUUAGGACUUGUUGGUAACCCAAUGAAAGGAAGUAGACCACUUCUUUUCUUCGAUCCAGCAUUUGAUAAGACAAAUGUUCUUAAACUUUCAAGAAACUUACUUCAGAGAUUGUUUGAAGUCCCAUUCAACGACAAACACUCAAAACCAUUCGUAGAUAGAACAAUGUCCUUCUUUAUCGAAGAUAACAAGAUUAUUAUCCGCCACUAUCAGAUUCAGUGGGAUACAGACCCAACAAGACUCGUCGAAGUUGGUCCACGUAUCACACUUGUUCCAAUCUUCAUCCUCGCUGAUGUUUUCAGAGGACACAAGAUCUGGAAGAACGCUACAUGGGAAAGCCCAACUGCUCAGCGUAGAGAUGAGCGUAAACAGAGUGCUCUUGCAAAGCAACGCAAUCGUGAUCGCGAUUAUGAGAAUGAAGUCCGUCUUGGCAAGAUUGAGAAGCCAGUUGAUCCACAUGCAGGACUUUUCGCACCAGUAGAGUAA